UCUUCACAAAGCCGCAGCCUUUGGGGCCUUUGGAGCCCAAUCUCGUCGAUCUCACGCUCGUCAAGAACGCCGCCGAGGAAGGAGCAGGUACGAUUUGAUUACUUCUUCGUUUGUUUAGUUUAUUCCCCCCCUUAAAAAUUAGGGUUUGGUGAAGUGAUUUGUUGGUUUUGGAUGUUGUUGUAGUUUGUUUAGAUGGGAGCAGGCCGGGGUACCAUCUGCAGAGAGGUUUCGGAUCUGGGACCGAUAAUUGGCUCCUCCAUCUGGAGGUGUAAUCAAAAUCUCUUGAUUUUUGUUUACAGCUUUUGAUGGUUUUUUGAGGGUGAAAGAAUUUUCAGAUUCUAAGUUAGUUCAGGUGAUAAAACUGUCAGGGAGAUAUUUUCUCAUUAUUGGAUUGCACUUUGGUAGCCCAGAAAAUUUCACCUAUUCUGGACUUUUGUACUCCAAAAGUUUACUUUCGCACGUUUAAUAUCCCAAAUUUAUUUUUUUGCCUGUUUGGUAUCCCAAAGUUAACUUUUUUCCACUGGCAAUGCUCUGGGGACCUUUUCAUUUUGAGUUUCUCGUAUCUUGGUCCCCAAAUCUCACUUAUUUCUAAAUAAGUCGCCCAAACUUAAAUAUUUUGAAUAAGUCCCCCAGAUCUAUAAGUAUAUUGUUAAAUAAGUCCCCCAAAUCUUAUAUAUUUUAAAUAAGUCCUCAAAUCUAUAAGUUCUCUUAAAUAAGCCUUAAUAAGUAUAAGUUUAACUCGAUGUUAACUAAAUUCCGUUAAUCUUGCAUUUUUUUUCGCCCUCCUCUUUCUUUAUAUGUUCCAUUCGGAGCUCUUCCAUGUAUGUCUUCCCCUGCUUGCCAUUGUUGAGGAGUCUCUAUUUUACUCUGUUGCGGGUAUUAUGAGCAACUAUCUGAGCAAGAUGAGGGGAAAACUAAUAGGAUUACUCUAGUUUGGUUAAUUUAGAGUUAACCAUUUUUAACUUGGAGGGACUUAUUUAAGGGAGCUUAUAGAUUUGGGGGACUUAAUUAAAAUGUAUGAGAUGUGAGGGACUUAUUUAAGAAUACUUAUAGAUUUGGAGAACUUAGUUAAAUUAUUUGAGUUUUAGGGGACUUAUUUAAAAAUAAGUGAGAUUUGGGGGACCAAUAUAAGUCUUUUAUUUUUCUGUUAGAUUCAAAUAACAUGUUUAAUACAUGAUUUAAUUUUGACUUCGGUACCCAUGUAAUCGUUAUAAAUGUUCCUGAAAUAAAUGAGAAAGUUACAUCCAAGACAAAUCUGCUACAGCAGACUCUGCCAAUUACCACUCAUUUUAAGGGCGUUUACAAUUACUUCAGGGGUAUCAAAGUUCAAAUUAGGUUACAUGUUAAGCAGGUGAUCUGAGUUUAACAGAAAAAUAAAAGAAACUCCCCAAAUGGAGGGUAGCAAAGUUCAAAUUUCUUAAACAUUGGGGGUAUCAAAUGUGCAAAAACAAACUUUGGAAAUCAAAGUUCAACAUGGGUGAAACAUUGAGGUAUAAAAUGAAUAAAAAUAAACUUUGGAAUAUCAAAGCUCAAAAUGGGUGAAACUUUGUGGUCCCAAAGAACAAUUAACACUUCCAUCAUUAAUAAAAGAAGAAUAGAUUUCAAUCUUAUUUUUGCAAAUAAUUUCUAGAUAUCUAAAAGUGAGCGUUCCUUUUGGAACCAAAAUGAAAUGCGACCAUGCAUCAUUUCUGUUUGUUUUAUUGGGACUACUAUCCAAAUUUAAUGAUCAAAGAAGGAAGCACCUCACUUGUCCCAUAAUUCUGUGUCCAAGAGAAUGGACAAAACUAGUUCAGUUUCCAAAGAAAUCAAACCAGUAAAUGAAAAGAUUCCAAAGGUAAAUUGCAGGGAAGGUCAAAAUCCAGAUGAAUUGCCCAAAAGUUAGAAUUCCAAAAUCAAGAAUGCUUUAGGGUGGAGGUUGGUGCAACAGCAUGGAUUCAUGUUCUUUUCGCCAAGGAACACAUCUCGGGUCUUCACACUACAUGGAUCUGCAAGCUUCCUUUGUUGGCAUUUUAAGCCAAACAGCAUCUGAAAACCCUGACUUCUAUAAUUGGAACAGAGUCAAGAUACUGUAUUGUGAUGGUGCAUCAUUUUCUGGGGACACGGAAAUUCAACCUAAGAGUGGAAGAAAACUCUUCUUCAGAGGCCAGCGGAUUUGGGAAGUAAUUAUGGGUGAACUAUUAGCAGAAGGACUUGGAAAGGCAAAGCAGGCUUUUCUUACAGGGUGCUCUGCUGGUGGUCUUGCGACUUUCAUACAUUGUGACAGUUUUCGUGCACUUAUGCCAAAGGAGGCUGAUGUAAAAUGCCUUGCUGAUGGUGGUUUUUUUCUUGAUGAAAAGGAUGUUUCUGGUAAAAGAACGAUGCAGUCUUUCUAUAAUGACGUUGUCAGGCUUCAGAAUGUGGGAAAGAACCUGCCAACCGAUUGCACAAAAAGGAUGGACCCCUCACAUUGUUUCUUUCCUCGUGAGCUUAUCAAGAGCAUAAAGACUCCACUUUUUGUUCUUAACACUGCUUAUGAUUUUUGGCAGUUAGAAAAUGUUCUGGCACCAGAAGAAUCUGAUCCUCAAGGGCACUGGCUAAAGUGCAAGAAGCGCAUUCAAGAUUGUGAUCCCAAUCAGAUUGAAGUACUGCAAGGUUUUAGGACAUCCUUGCUUGACGCCGUGAGUGAAUUUCAGCACAAAAAGGACGCAGGAAUGUUUGUUAAUUCUUGCCAUGUACACUGCCAGUCAAUGACCGGCAUCACAUGGCACUCUCCAACAUCACCAAGAAUUAACAAUAAGACAGUUUCAGAAGCUGUUGGGGACUGGUACUUCGGCAGAAGAGAGGUGAAAGAAGUGGAUUGCCCAUAUCCCUGCAACCCUACGUGUUCCGGUAUGGAUUUCUCCUGAAGUUUGAUGGGAUAAUCGAGGUUCAAUAUUUCAGCAUUUGAUUCGUUCCGAAGGCCUUCUGUAAUCGCGAGUUAUUCUAUUCGGUAGAAAAGUGUACUUCAUAUAUACUGUACGUCAUGCACAUUGCUUGUGAAGCCUAGGGUUGAAAAUUAUGUACAAUGCUCGUGCGUCUGAGUCGACUCAGAGAAGCUUUAUCGACAGCUUUGGGAUGCUGUAAAAAUGCAGUGUGUGCACAAUGCUUGAUUAUAUAGCAUGUGGCGGAUGGACUUCGAAUUAUCAUAUUCACACGUUACCUUA